CAUCCGACCACUCACUCUGUCAUGCGAGUGAGCCACGACUUCCUGUCAUGUUUUAGGAACUCAGAUUUAUUUCUUCAUUAAAGGGAGCAGAGACAUCGUGACACAUUCUGGUAAAAAGCGGUCAUGACGUCUCAGAAGGUUGGUGUUUCCUACCAACUACAGCUCUUCUCUUCUUCCUGUCCGUACAAACAUUUGCUGAAGUGAUGGAGUCGGUGUCGGACUGUGACCGCUUCUUUCUUGACCAAACGCCACCGCAUGUUCCUAGCAUCCUGGAGGGCGGGAAGAUCCUCGAUCAGAACCAGUACAAGCUCAUUUGCCAGACCUACGGGGAACAAAGGAGAUUUGUGACGCUUUACGAUGUGCAGAACGGGAUUCCGGUGUUUUCCGCUUUCAAGUUCACUGGAGAAGUUUCCAGAAGGAGACCCAAGAGCGUUUGGAAGAUAGAACCUCAGAUGGUGUGGUUGGCUUUCACGCUGCACUGAGUCAAACCAACCAAACCCUUUGAAAAACCUGUUGCCCUCCUCGCCUGUGG